AUGACCGAGGUCCAAACCGUGGCGCACCAAAUUACAGCAGCUCAGGAAGGCGCUAUUGAGCCUGCAAUUCCUAUAUUGGAAGAGCUUGCGCUUACUCCCUACGCAUGCUCUUCUAUCGAGCAAGUCUCUGGCGGAUUUGUCAACUUUACUUUCAGGGGCUUCCUCUCUAACCCGCUCCCCAAUGGCAGUAGCAGCGUCAUUAUCAAACAUUCCAAAGACUUCUUGGGGUUUAUUCCUGGGGUGCAGCUCCAAGCUGAUCGAUGUCAAGGAGAACAACGAAUCCUUCAAGCUCUCGCAAAUGGCCUGAGCCCUAUUGUCCAUCAGAAUGGUAUACUGGUUCAGACACCUUGCCUUUACCACUUUAUCCCGCACCUCAAUGCUCAAGUGAUGGAAGAAUUUCCAAAUGUCACUGCAUUGGGUAAAUUUCUCCUUUCUCCAGAUUCAAACAAACUCUCAAGCUUACUUGUGGCAAACAUCGGUCGUGCCUUGGGGCGCUGGUUGACGACCUUUCACGACCGUAGCUCAGGCCCCGGGGUGGUGCAGGAGGUUGGCUACAAUGAAAAAAGCCGGGACUCAAUGUAUACUCUUGUGUCUGGCGGCGUGACCAAAGCAAUGGAUAGCUUCCCCAACCUCUUCUAUGGACGUGCGGAGGAUUUCCGGAAGUAUGUACAAGAGGCAAUCUAUGGUGAAAUUGAUGAGGCUAGCAAGUCAAUCGUCCAUGGGGACUUUGCUGUUCGGAAUAUCUUGAUCUCGAACUCGGCUGCUACUGGCGAGCAAGGUAUCCUUGUUUCCCCUAUCGACUGGGAAGUAUACCACUUUGGCUGCAUCGAAUUCGACCUGGGACAGCUUCUGGGGGACCUCUACACGCAUGAGUAUUUCAAAGGCGUCAGUAGUUGUACAGCUCUGCUUCAAGGCUUUGCAGAUGGUUAUAAGCCAUUGAGCAAGAAGCAACUCUCCUCCGUGGCAGUGUAUACUGGAAUUCACAUUUUGGCUUGGGGACCUGUUGUUAUGGCACCUUUAACCAGGGAGCAAGAGGAGCAGCUUGUGAGUUACGGAAAGGACCUUAUUCUCAAAGGUAAGGAAGAGGAUUGGGGGUGGCUAGAGACUAGCUAUAUCGGGCCUAUCUUCAGAAAAGAAGCCGUGUAG